GCUUUAACAUUGUGUUUUUAGGUUAGGAAAGAAAUCGACAGCCGCGUGCCACCUAUCUAGUUUGUUUGUAGACUUUGACUUGCUCUGCAACUAGACAUUUUUGGCCCAGAUCUCUCAAAAACAAUGGAAGAUGUGAAGCUGCAUAGUUUCUGGCCUAGCCCGUACUGUUACAGAGUGAUAUGGGCACUGAAACUAAAGGGUAUCAGAUAUGAGUACGUAGAAGAAGACCUUUCCAACAAAAGUCAAGCACUAUUGCAGUACAACCCGAUUCAUAAGAAGGUUCCGGUACUUGUUCAUGGCGGCAAACCAAUUGUGGAGUCCAUGGUUAUUCUUGAAUACAUAGAAGAAACGUGGCCGGAUCAUCCUUUGCUACCAAAAGAUGCUUACGAGAGAGCCACAGCUCGAUUCUGGAUUCAAUUUGGAAUAGACAAGGGCAUGGCAUUUUUUGCAUUUUUCCGAGCGACUGAAGAAGAGAAAGAGAAGGCAGCAAAAGAAGCAUUAGAAGUGCUAAAAAUCCUGGAAGAGCAAUGCCUUGGAGACAAGAAGUUUUUCGGAGGGGAAAACAUUGGGAUGGUAGAUAUAGCAUAUGGGUGGCUGGCUCACUGGUUUGAAGCCUCGGAAGAAAUGGUUGGUGUGAAAUUGGUGGAACCAAGCACUUUGCCUCGCUUACAUGCCUGGAUUCAGCGUCUUAAAGAAAUUCCAGUGAUAAAAGAGAACCUUCCUGAUCGUGAGAGACUGCUGGUGCAUUUUAGACGCUUAAGGCAGAUGUUUCUCUCGGACCCGUCUAUGUAGGUCAUGAUCACUAGAAAUCUAGUAGCCCCAAUGUGUGAUCUAUGCAGGAACCAGGGGAAAUCUGGAUAUAUAUUUAUCCUGAUCCGGAUCACCAAGCAAGAACUUUAUGUUGUGGAGACUAGAUUACAAGCUAAGAUUAUCCAGUGACGUUAAAUUAUUGUACCUGAUCUAUUAUCUUGGAGAUAUCCAUGAACCUUGUGAUCGUUUUUUUUUUCCUUUCAAUUUCUUCUUUUCAGCUGGAAA